AUCUUUACAGCUGCUGGACGCAAGUGCUACACAUGUAGUAGUACUGUAAGUGAGGAAGAUUGUAGCAAGAAUCAACAGGAGACUGAUUGCGGAGAAGGUUUAGAUGGCUGCCUCACCACGGGCCAGAAUUAUACAGCUGGUCCAGUAACAACAACAUUAUUCACAAAAAUUUGCACUGCCAAACAAACGUGCGACGCCGGUGAAACCGGCUUCUUAAGCGCUUGCAAGGCGGCUCAAGGUACUACGUGUGAAUAUAAGUGCUGCGAUACAGACCUCUGCAACAGUGGUUCCACGCCUAUAGUCAGCAUUAUCCUAAUGGUGUUAUGCAUCGUUGCGGGCUUUCUCCGCUAAAGAAACAAGAGUGUGCGGUGCAGUCAAGAGAAGGAUUCUCCAAACAAACAUGUUUGUUAAAUAAACUUUAAAAUAACUUAGUAGUAAAAUUAAAAGUUCAAUGAUACUGAUGCUUUGUUGCAUUAGCCGGUUUCGUUAUUGACCUAUAUAAACCGUAAUACGCUUUUUAGCUAACUGAGUUACUGCAGUUAAAUGUUAAUGAGAACGAGGAUUAAAUGGAAUUUCUCAACUUGCGAUCUCUACUUUUUUUUAUAGUAUCCUGUGCAACAAAACACAAUUCCCAG